GCGCCUUUCCCUGCUGUGUGCGCGUCCUCCAGCACUUCUGUCUCCGUGAGCUCAUCCUCCGCGGCAGCCAAUGGGAUCGCCCCGGCUCCUUCCCACCGAAGAGCGCUGGUGCUGGGGAGCCGGGCCGGCGCUCGUGGUCCAGGCUCAGCCAGGCGUGGGAGCGGGGGGGUGGGGGGCUGAUGCAGCUUCGGGUCCAGCCGCCGGGGACCCCGAAGGGCUGGGAGCGAACACCCCGGUGGCGUCCAUGCCAGGGGAGGGGACCAUACGGCUGGGGAGACGCGCCGUGAUGUACACGGCGGAGACGAUUCCCAAGGGGAAGAACCGAGUGAUGGGGACUAUCCAGAUCAUGAUGGGCUUCAUGCACAUCGGCUUCGGGAUUGUCCUGACAACCAUCACCAACGUUUACACCUCUGUCUUUGUGAUUGGAGAGAUCCCCUUCCUGGGAGGCGUGUCGUUCAUCAUUUCUGGCUGCCUCUCUAUUGGAGCUGAGAAGAACCCGACUGAAUGCGCAGUGAAAGGAAGCCAGACCAUGAAUGUCAUCAGUGCCAUCUUUGCAUUACUUGGGAUAGUGGCUUUUAUAAUAGACCUGAAUAUAAAUGGAUUGUACCACUCCAACUAUGACUACUACAACUAUCUAGUGAUGGCCGGGAACGGGAUCUCCAUCGUGCUGCUGAUCUUCACUAUCCUGGAGUUCUGCAUUGCAGUCGCCACCGCACUCUUUUGGUGCCGGGCAACCCGCCUCAACUCUCAUGAGUCCAUGCUGAUUGUGCCCAACACCAUCAGGGCGGACCUCAUGGUGCCCACUGCAGAAUUGCCUCAUCCGCCAACUUACAGUGAUACGGCCUACGAUCCGAAGGACCAGUCUGAGUGGGGGACCCAAGAAAGAACCUGAGGAGAAGUCGGCCCAAGAGCAGAAGCAGCAGCUCCUCCUUCUCUGAGGAGCAAAUUCUGGCCCCUUGCCUGCAUGACAGAUUUCCUUCAGUUACUGCCAAUGUUCUUCCCACCCCAGUCCCUGUCUUGAGUUCCGAGGGACCUGCUCUCCCCUUCUUCCGGGACGGGCUCAGGCCUGUGUGUUGCCCACAGAUAAGACUUUAAAGCAUGUUCCCCGGCCAGCUCUGCCUUGAACCAAGAGGUAACAUCUAGG